CGGCUUGGCUCUCGGGAAAUGGCAAAAAUUAUCGAGCGGUUCCGUCGCACAUGCGCCUAUACACUUCGACUUUCCCGAACCGGCGAGUAGGGAGGUGGAGAGACACAGUCAUAAAAAUCCAGCGAGUCGAGGCCGGCUGCGAAAAAAAAGUGCGAAAAGUCCAUCGGAAUUCAACACAACCAGACGUCAGUAGACAGAAGAACCACCCAACCAAAAUCCAAAAAAAAAAUUCGUAAGAUUACUUCAAUAAAUUCAUAUAUAUAUAUAGAACUAUAGAUUUAUAUAUAUAUAUAAUCGAGAGAAAUUGUGAAAAAUUCGGCCAGGAUGAAGGUUUACAAGGGGUUAAUUUUACAACAGAUUAUUAGAAGUCCCUCUAAUCUGAAGAACACACCGAUCAUCAUCGAAGUUUUACUGCAUUAAAUUUCCCGUGAAACAAACAAAGAAAAAGGUGAACGAACAAACAACAAAAAAAGAAAAGAACACCUGCAGCUGAACAAAGAAGAUUUGUAGCUUCAGCAAAGACAUUUUCCGUUUUUUCUUUUUCUUUCGUUCCGCACAAAAAAAAGGUGAUCGAAUCCGCUGCGAUUUUGUAGGUUAGGAUACGGGGAACUGCUCUCUUGCCACCUCCGAGGAUACAAUAUAUAUAAACAUACAUUCGCGUCUAUAAAUAUUUCGCGGCGCAGAGAAUCGGCGAAACGUUCGGACUUUUCGCACUUGAAGUGUACUAUGGUUAUUUUGUGCGUCCUUCAGAGGGGUGGUUCUUGUGCGUUGUCGUCGUUGUUGUUGUCCGGUUGUUAUCUGGUUACGACCACCAUCAUAGUCCAGCACGGAGACGACCUUCCGAAGAUGCUCUUUUCCUCCACUGGAGAUGGUUUCGUUCGAUCUAGUGUUGGAUACCGCGCGAAGAACGACCCAGGCGACUGACAUCGAAUUCCCCCCGCUGCGCAUCGGCGAAAUGUCGUCCUCCUGACCCCGUUAUGAUGUUUGCCUCCUGCCGGAAGGUCCUGUGAAGAAUAAGACAAGUAGAAGAAGCUCGAAAAAGAGCAAAUUUGAAAAAGCAAACACCUUCAUCGACGUGGGGAAGUUCGAAAAAUCAAACGCAAGCAACUAGGAGCGAAAACAUUUGAAAGAGAGAAGAUUUUAGCCGGCGCCCGCUGAGAGUACCAGCAGCAACAGCAGCAUCAUCAUCAUCACAGUGCGAAGAAGGAGAUUCUUCUCGCGGUUCUUUCGUGGACAGACAAAACGUUUUCGGACUCGGUGUUACAGAAACUAACUAUACCUGAGAGUAUUACAAAAAAUUAAUACAGGAACAGGAGAAGCAAAGAAAAGAAAAAACUUUGGUGUUUUGGUGUCGUAUCUAAAUAUAAUCGGUGUGUUAGUUGUUGUUGUUGUGAGUGUUUACUGAAGAAUAUUGAAGAUGGCAUCGUCCCUGGAGAAUUUGGCCAACAAGAGGAUGGGCUACUCGUCCUUCUCGUUCCGCAGGAAUCAGACCUCCGAUAGGAAGCUGCCAGAGCAGCAGGCGGAACUAAUCAAACACGCAGAUCAAUCUGUCGCCAAGGCGUUCAGCAUGCUGAUCAACAAAGACGAGGACGACCAGAUGGAGAUCUGCGGCUACAAGAGGAGCGCCGCGAAGACGGCCUUAACGUACGUCUUCGUCAUUUUGACCGCAGGUCUUCUCCGCUUGAUAUUCCACUGGUGUCCCCAUUGGUUCCUCAAAGCCAAAUGCAAUCCGUGCGACAUCACCCAAGCCGACUUCGUCUUAAUCACCGAAUGGUACAACGAUAAGCACAAGAUUUUCCACGUGAAACCGCUGACUCUGUUGACGCUGGAUAAGAUCAAGAAGAAGCAGAAGGACGACGAAAAGUACUGCGAUUCCGACGAGGACGUUUCCAACUUUUCCGUGCAUUUCGCUGACGGCGUCUUCACCGAAGUCGAGAGUCUGCUGACGUUCACCUGCAAAAAAGUCACGUACAUUUGGGAUCAUUCGAAGCUGGAGUUCAUCAAGCUGAAAGGUUUGGAUCAGGGCGUCAGCAGCGAAACUCUGCACGGUAACAGGGGAUUAUCCAAAAGCGAACAGUACAUGAGGCGGAUGGUUUACGGGGCGAAUGAAAUCGUUGUUAAAGAAUCGACGAUACUGACGCUUCUCUUCUUGGAGGUGCUCAAUCCUUUCUACAUCUUCCAAAUCUUCAGCUUCGUCCUGUGGUUCGCCGACAAUUACUACUAUUACGCGGCCGCAAUCCUCCUGAUGUCGGUGUUCGGUAUUUCCAUGACCGUCAUCCAAACGCGCAGGAACCAAAGGAAUUUAAAGUCGACUGUGCACAGCUCGGACGUGGCAACCGUUUUACGGAGGGAUCCGAACGAUUCAGAGUUUAAGAGUCUUAACGAGACCAAAGUGGAGAUCAUCUCAACGGAGCUUCUGGUGCCUGGCGAUAUAUUGGAGAUACCACAGCACGGCUGCAUCAUGCAGUGCGACGCUCUCCUCCUCACCGGCAAUUGCAUUCUGAACGAAUCCAUGUUGACCGGAGAAUCCGUGCCGGUCACGAAGACGCCAUUCCCGAACCUCCCGGAUGUCUACUACGACGAGAAGGAGCACGCUCGACACACCCUCUUCUGCGGCACCCAAGUCAUCCAAACUCGCUACUUUGGAAACGAGAAAGUUUUAGCCGUAGUCCUGAAGACAGGAUUUUACACGGCCAAAGGCGGUCUGGUGCGCAGCAUCCUGUAUCCUCCACCUGUAGAUUUCCGAUUCGAAAAAGAUUCCUACAGAUUCGUGGCGCUGCUGGCGAUGAUCGCAGGAUUAGGUUUCAUCUACACGAUCAUCACCAAAGUGCAGCGCGGUGUUCCGAUCGGCGAUUUGAUUCUCGAAGCUUUGGAUCUCAUCACCAUCGUCGUUCCUCCCGCUCUUCCUGCUGCUAUGACGGUCGGUCGUUUGUACGCGCAGACAAGAUUGCAGAAGAAACAAAUCUUCUGCAUUUCCCCUAGAAGCAUAAACGUUUCUGGAAGCAUAGACUGCGUCUGCUUCGAUAAGACCGGAACGUUGACCGAAGACGGUUUAGAUCUGCAUUGCGUUGUGCCAAUAUCCCAGAGGCAAUUCGAGACUGAAGUCAAGGAAGUGGACGCCUUGCCUCGAAACACCUUCGUCUGCGGCCUAGUCUCUUGCCAUUCCUUAACUGUAAUUGAUAAGCAAAUUAGCGGAGAUCCCUUAGACCUCAAGAUGUUUGAGAGUACAAAGUGGUCGAUUGAAGAUCUGGAGGUGUCUGACAACACGAAAUUCAACAUGAUCUUCCCAACCGUUUUCACGCCUCCGAAAGAUGCGGGCGCCGUCGAGGGCGAAGAGAUCGGCGUCAUUCGCGAAUUUCCGUUUAGCAGCAGCGCUCAAAGGAUGGGCGUCAUCAUCAGGAAGCUGAACUCCCAGCACUUCGAGUACUACAGCAAAGGAUCCCCGGAGAUGAUCCUCAACUUUGUCGAGAAGAGCUCAGUUCCCGAAAACUUCUCAGAGGUUCUCGAGAAGUACACGCAAGAGGGCUACAGGGUGAUUGCUUUAGCUCACAAAGAGCUCAAGUUGACGUACACGAAAGCCCAAAGAGUGCAGAGGGAGACCAUCGAGCAUGGUAUGACCCUUUUGGGGUUGAUCGUCCUUGAGAAUAGAUUGAAGACGGACACCGCGCCGUGCAUACAGAAUCUGAACGAAGCCCAGAUAAGAGUGAUCAUGGUCACGGGUGAUAACAUUUUGACUGCCAUCAGCGUGGCCAGAGACUGCGGAAUUAUAAGGCAAGGUCAAAGUGUGAUCACGGUAAACUCGGACGGUGGAAAUCCUUCGCAAAUCUACUACACGCUGACUAACACGAAGAACGGCAAAUUAAAUGAGGCUAGCCUUCUUUCCAAUUCCUCGAGCAUCGUCAGUCUCGACACGGUGGAAUCGCAGAUAGCUGCGAACAAUCACAACCAGAAUCAUCCUCCUCUUCCGUUCAACAACUACCGUUUCGCGAUGACCGGUAAAGUUUGGGCGGCGAUCCGAGACGAACACCCCGAACUCAUCCCCAAACUGGUGACACGCGGUAGUAUUUUCGCACGCAUGUCUCCUGAACAGAAGCAGCAGCUGGUGCAGGAGCUCCAAGGUUUGGGCUAUUACGUAGCGAUGUGCGGCGACGGCGCCAACGAUUGCGGCGCUUUGAAAGCAGCGCACACGGGUAUUUCCUUGAGCGAAGCCGAGUCUUCCGUUGCGAGCCCGUUCACCUCCAAGAACCCCAACAUCACGUGCGUCUUGAGCAUCGUCAAGGAGGGAAGGGCCGCUCUGGUCACCUCCUUCGGCAUCUUCAAGUACAUGGCCGCCUAUUCGCUCUGCCAAUUCAUUUCCGUUAUGAUCCUGUACAGCAUCGACUCGAAUCUAACGGACAUCGAGUUCCUCUACAUCGAUCUCUUCAUCAUCUCGAUCUUCGCCUUCUUCUUCGGACGAACUGAAGCGUACAAGGGAAAGCUGGUCAAGGAGACGCCUCUAAACAGUCUCAUGAGCUUCAGUCCAAUCCUCUCGCUCUUCUUGCAGCUCGUUCUGCUCGUCUUCUUCCAGGUGCUCAGUUUCCAGCACCUGGUGAGCACCGACUGGUACGAACCAUUCAACGCUACCGCCAAAGAGAACAAAGAUUUGGUUGGUUGCGUCGAGAAUUACACCAUAUUCACCAUGUCCGGCUUCCAGUACAUAAUCUUGGCCAUCGUCUUCAGCAAGGGCAAACCGUACAGGCAGAGCAUCUUCAGUAACUUCGGCUUGAUCGGCUCUGCCAUCGCUCUGGCUAUAUUCUCCGUCUAUUUGGCAUUGGAUCCGUGCGAGUUUCUGCGCGAGCAGUUCGAACUUGUCGUCCCCGAAGACUUCAACUUCCGCUUGUACCUGCUUGCCUACGGCGCGAUCCACUUUGUCCUCAGCAUCUUAAUAGAGGUCUUCUUCGUGGAGCACUGCGUCUUCAAGAAGCUACGAUACAAGUACCACAACGUGUACAAAUCCAAGCGCAAGUUCCUCGCCAUCGAGAAGGAUCUGAGCGAGGACACCAAAUGGCCCACGUUAACAUCCAAUUACCGAUCGGCUGCGAGUCCGUCGACGCCGCUACCCAGCUGCACCGCCGAAAUCGUCUUCGAAAACAAGAAAUUCGAUAAAAACCACGUCCUGAACGGCUUCUACCAGCAGCAAGACACUCCGAGCUCUGCUCCCAACUCCACCAAAAGCACACCCAGUUACAACCCCAACAGGAAUAAAUUACGCAAUUUGGAGAACGGCUUCGACUUCGAUCAAUUCCAAUCGGCUGUAAGCAUAAUGGCGAGCGACGCCAGUUUCCUCACUGCCGAACAAUCCACGCCACAGCACAUCGUCAUCGAUGCCGCCUACCCCAAUCACCUGCAGGAAUCACCACCAACCUCCAAACGCAUCCGCUCCAUAAGUUCCAACUCCACCGAUCCCACCCUCCUCAACGACGUAUACACCAUCACCAACGGCGACAUUCUCAACGGCCUCAAACCCAACUACGAAAUGGCUGAAUUCGAGACGAGCUGAAGUUCACUCGCACGCACGCAAAUACAUAUAUAGACCGUUAAUUUUUUUGUACUUAACAAAACGAGAUGAAAAGACGCGGAUGAAAAUCCUCCUAUUUUGGGACCUCUCCUCCUGCACACGCCCGGUGCAGCAACAGUAGUAUUAAAUAUAAAUAUAUAUAUAUAAACAUAUAUUUUUGUAGGAAAAAUAAUCCUAUUUAUUAUUUAUUUUACUUGAAUUGAUUCUUUUUUUUAUAUAAUAUCAUAUCCACUACAUAUGAAUGACCACAUAGGGUGAGAAAAAGUGACUAUAAAAAAAAAGUAUUCUUGUUGUUUAGGUUUAAUUAUUUUCUUUACUGAAUUGUAGAAUUGUAAGGUUUAUUGUUCAAGAUUAUUUUAAGUGAGUGAGUGAGACAGAGACAAUUGAUUCGUGUCUAGUUUAUUUAUUAUACAUAAUGUAAAUUGUCUAAACUAAAACAAACAAAAAAAUAUAUAAAUAUAUA